UGUGUCAUCAGUUCCGUCAAACGCAUCAAACGUUUCGCACGAAAUAGGCAUCAUAAACAAAGAGAACAAACAAGAAAUAAUAAAACCUUAAACCCGAAACUGAUUUGUGUGCGCUUAUACUGUACGCUGUCUUUGUGUUUAAAAACAAAACCAUAAAAGAAACGAUGACUAAUUAGAUCGGAAUCAUACAAGGAAAAACAAACAUUCUAACAUUCAAUAUACUAACACAGAGCGAACGUCAUUCACCAGUUGCAAUUAUGUACGUAGCUACGAUGCGUCGAUCAUCGAAUCCGAAUGCUGAAUCGAUUGAUGAAACCGAUGAUAGUCCGGUGGAGGGUUUAGAAGAAGGGACAUUGGCAAUUGGCAGUCGAACAAAUGGCAGAAAUGUAAUAGACAUUUGGAAAAAUCCAGCAGCGAGACCAGCCAUUACCAAUGGAAUACAUUUCGAAAUACCGUAUGCUCGGGUUAUGCCUCCCGAUAGCAGUAACACGUCCGUGAAAAAAUUCGUCGUCUACGACAUCAUAAUACGCCACGAUCAAGCAGCUUCCGAACAAAAUUCUGCCGUUAUCGAACGGCGGUACACGCAUUUCCUUCAGCUGUACACAAAUCUCAAACGGGAUCACUCACAACUGAUGCAGAAAGUAGACUUUCCGAAGAAGGCGUUCAUCGGCAACUUUUCCGGUGAACUUAUCGCCGAGAGGAGUAACGCGUUUGAACGAUUCUUGGACUAUGUUGUGUCGACGACUGUACUUCGUGAAUCCGCACAUUUCCUCGCGUUUUUGCAGGAAAUCGAAUUGGAUCAAGCGUGCCAGUUAUUGGAUGAGCGUCGUAAUGAACAGGCUGUUCCGAUUUUGGAGAAUUGCUUUCGUCUAUUGAACAAAAUAUACACCGACCGAUCAAAGUGCGUUCUUCUGGUUCUGUGCCGUCUGUUGGCAGCCGCCACCACAUCACCUGUCCCACAUCCAUUUGCUGAAAAAUUUGCCGAAAUAGCUCUGCGUCGCUUCGACCAUGUGUCGGACGCGGAUCUUUUAGUGCUGUAUGUCCCAUUGCUUCAAACCUGUGUCCAUUUGUGGUGGCAGCGUGGACGCGAUAGUACCCUCAUCACCGAGAGACUAAAUGGCUUGGAAAUGAAGGGCAUCAAUACGAAGGGUAAAACACUGACCCAAGCCAUACAUGCGCUAGAUCCACGUGGUGAGACGAAUUGAAAGUGGGUCGUGGAUGGAGCGACAUUCGACAUUUUUUACGACUAUAUUUUUAUGAUGAUGAUGACGAUGAUGAUCACGACUUUGUGGAACUGACGGCAGCUUAUAUAUGGAGCUUAUGCUGGUGCUUUCCCAUUCAAUUUUGUAGUUUUAGUAAGAUUUUGUUAAUGUGCAACUGAUUAAUUGUAUGUCCAUAACGUUUAUGGUGAUGACGACACAUAACAGAGUUAAUUUUAAGGUUCAGUAUACAAAUGGAAGAGAGUGACCAUUUCGUGACAUUUUAUUGUCUCAAUUUUAUUUUUGUAACGUAAAAUAAAGGUCGUGUCGAUUACUGAUUUAUUGA